AUGACGCUCUCUCCCCGCGGCCUGCGCAACGCCACCGACUCCAUCUGCCUCGUGCUCUCCGUGGCCACUGGCGCCGUCUCCAUCGCCGCCCUCCACGUCGCCGGCUCAGAGGAGCGUAUCAUGUCUGGCCAGUUUGGCGCGCUCAUCUGCGGCACGACCUUCGGCUGGGCAUCAACGGCACUUGCAGUGACAGGCGCCAAGCCCCAAUCGCGCUACACGUCCCUCCGGACCACCACCAUCACGCGCGGCGUCCUCCUCGUCAUCGGCAUUGCGCUCGCCGGCUAUCAGUCGACCAUUUUCGACGCAUACCGUGUCUGCUCAGCCUAUCUCAGCCGCUACAGCGGCUCCAGCCGGUUCAACGGCGGCGGCUCGGACGCCAACUGCCAGCUGCCGCUUGCGUCGGGCAUUCUCGCUUGGCUCACUGUUGCUGCUAUCGUGGCCCUCACGAAGCGGUACGGCAGCACACGCUCCACCUGGGGAGCUAGCCUCCUCGAGCUGCCCAACACCCAGCGCCUCCCCGAGGAGGACAAGCGUUCUCUCAGUGUUUAA